AUGUCGCAGGACGUCCUGCGCACAGGAAUGAUCAUCCUACUAAGAUUGAAUGGAGGAAAGCUUCUUGAACAAGAUGACGGCAAAGCGUCACUCAUCUACCCCGAUCGCCUCAAUGCCGCACAACGCACCUUAUUGUUUCAGAGCAUGGCAGACAUGCAAGCAACUACCAGUGAUACACAUCGCAAUGCGGAAGAUGACUUUCAUCUUCAGAAAGCGCUCGAUCUGAUCACUUAUGGUAAUUUCAGUCGCAAUCCGUGGUUUCCGACCGCUGUGACCAAAGGGCCUGAGUAUCCUCCCGCUGAACAUUUCCCGUCGUCCAACUCAACGUUGACAAACGGAUCUAUCCCCUUGAAGGACUUUAGAUCCUUGCUACGGUUGAUGCUUCUGACGCAGUUACAUGUAGCCGGUAUUGAACCGGAUGAGUUCACCUCCUGUCUAGCGCAGGUUGAAACUGUGACCGACUGCCUGCUGGCCGCAUUUCAAGAGCGAAAUGCCACGGAUUCUACCGGUAUAUCGUUCGCUACUUUUGACCAACAAAACCUUUUCUUGGGACUGCCCCGAGUGUUCGGGCCGUUACACUCGGUCAAACCUUUGCCGUCUGAGAAGCUCCCCUCAUCAGUUGGAGACGCACAAAUGCUGCUGAGAAAACUGUUUGCUUCUUCAACCAAGACACAGCCUCCUCCAGAGGGGUUGAUCACGAAUCUCCCCCUCCUAAGUCUGCUCUCAAUGGCCUUGCCCCAAGACUUUCCCAUCGAAGCACAAAAGAGGCUCUAUUCUUCUGGGGAGAUAGAUAUUCAGCAGGUACACACUUGCGUGUCCCUAAUCAGCACAGCAAAAAUUAUGCUUGUGUCAGGCAAGAGUGCAUCGGAAUCUGUCAUCUUCGGCGCAUACUUUCCCAAGGGCUCCUCACUCAGCGGGGUUGCCAAGUCAAACCUCAUUUUCCAGCUUGCGCCAGUUCCCAGAGUCUUCUAUAGCUCUGAGGAGAUGUUGCAGAUCAACCCGGACUUCUCUACAACAGACAGUCGAUUGGAAGUCUCGGUGAAGGAUGAUGUCCUGGGCUUCAUUAUUCUGGCGUUGCAGUCGGACUCGACAGGCGUCUUUACAGCACGUGAAAAAGGCGACAUCAGUCUGACAUUUGACAUUAACGCGGUGGAAGUUUUCAGUUAUGAGGGAGAAUUUGUGCGUGUUAAUACUUUCAACUAG